CUUACAAAUGACUGCCAACUAUUUGCUGGGUAGGACAAUAGUACACGAUGGUACCCGAUCAAAUCGCCGCUCCCUAGCCUCCCUUAUUGUCGGGUUGGUGGUGGGAUUUUGUUUAGCCGAACUUUUUGUACUAUCCACACCAGAAAAACCCGAAUGGUUACUCUAUUCCGGUCAUCAACAUGGCGACAUUAAUGAUGAUCCACAUGCCAGUCAUGAUCUUAUGGAUGUGGCGGGUCCGGAAAUGGAUGUUGGCAGUCAUCAACAUGCACACGAAAAUAAUACCGUGGCACAAAAAUUAUACAAUGAAGUUCGUGUCCUUUGUUGGAUAAUGACAAAUCCCAAAAAUCAUCAGACCAAAGCGAGACAUGUCAAAAGGACAUGGGGUAAACGUUGCAAUAAACUGCUAUUUAUGUCUUCAUCAGAGGAUCCAGAAUUGGGUACGGUAGCCCUACCCGUUGCUGAAGGUCGAAAUAAUUUAUGGGCGAAAACAAAGGCCGCCUAUCGUUACAUUUAUGAGAAUCACAUGGAUGAUGCUGAUUGGUUCUUUAAGGCUGACGAUGAUACUUAUACCAUUGUGGAGAAUCUACGUUUUCUACUGUAUCCCUAUUCGCCGGAGACUCCAAUAUAUUUUGGUUGUAGAUUUAAACCGUUUGUUAAACAGGGCUACAUGUCUGGUGGUGCCGGUUAUGUAUUGAGCAAAGAAGCUGUACGCCGUUUUGUCGAGAAGGCUAUGCCAGAUUCCAAAUUAUGUAGUCCCAAAAAUAGCGGUGCCGAAGAUGUGGAAAUCGGCAAAUGUUUGGAAAAGGUCCAUGUGAUAGCGGGGGAUUCGAGAGACUCACAUGCCCGAGGCCGUUUCUUCCCAUUCGUGCCGGAACAUCAUUUAAUACCAAAUCAUACGGAUAAGAAAUUUUGGUAUUGGCAGUAUAUCUAUUAUAAAACAGAUGAGGGUCUCGAUUGCUGUUCCGAUCAUGCGGUCUCCUUCCAUUAUGUUACACCUAAUCAAAUGUAUGUUCUCGACUAUCUCAUAUAUCAUUUGCGGCCGUAUGGCAUUAUUAAUGCUCCCGAAGUAUUGCCGGAAAAAUUAAAAGUUGGUGAAACUGAACCACCACCUGUAGCAGCAUCGGACAGUGGUGGCUUGACAACAUCAUAA